AUGGCCCUUCCAGAGUUAUCCCUGUUGACUGAAAGCUAUGGCAUCACAUUUGAUGGCGGAAGCUUUGGGUCUAUGAUUUGCAAACUGAGUGAAACCGGUUCGAAGAUAGGAAAUAUCAAUGCCACCUAUGAACUGUCAAUGUUAGGAAGAUCACAGGCAAACCUAAAUCUCUUUAAAGUAAGCAGAAACGGACAAACAUUCAUGUUUCAGAGCUUCGCAGAAAUUCACUCUAUUACGCCGGCGAUCGGCAGUACGGAGGGAGGUACCAUUGUAACUGUUGCCGGACGAUUCUUCGACGAGACGAAAUCCGAAGCAGUUGUAAAAAUUGGAGGUAUGGGUUGUGAAGUCAUGUCAAUAAACGAAUCCGUUAUUACCUGCAGGACACCUCGUGCACCUGACAAGAUCAAACCAAAAUACGUUGCUAGCUACGGUCGAACAACAUUCAGCUAG